AUGGGCCGACUCGCUCGCGCGUUCGCCUCCGCGAUCGCGCUGAUCCACGACAAGCGCGCGUCGUCCGUCCAGGUCGGUUUCGUGAGCGUCGGGACGUCGUGCGAGGAGCGAUUCGAUGAUUCGUCGACGACGCGAGUAGAGAAUGCGAUUGUUUUCUGGCACGGCAUGGGGGACGUCGGCGACGCCUCGGGGACGCUCGCGGUGAUGGACGCCGCGGUGAAGACGUUAGGGAGCGAGACCACGUGCGCGCGAUCGCUGCGGUUCGGUGCGAGCGCGAGAGCGGAUCGAAUGAGCGGAUACACGGGUGACGUGGACGCGCAGGUGGGCGCGGCGUGUGACGCAAUGCGAGCCGACGAUGCGAUUGGGAGAGCGCGAUCGGUGCACGUGGUCGGGUUCUCGCAGGGUGGACAGUUCAUGCGCGCGUUGGUGCAGCGGUGUGGGCGAGAGCUCGGGGUGCGAACGUUGGUGACGCUCGGUGGCCAGCACAUGGGCGUGGACGCGGUUCCAGGGUGCGGCGAUCCCGAGCGGGCGUCCAUGGCUUGUCAAGCGAUGAACGACGCGGCGUCAUACGCAAGCGCGAGCGCGUGGGCGAGGAGAACCGUGGUGCAGGCGCAAUAUUUUAGGGAUACGUCCACGCACGCGAGGUAUAACCGAUACUUGGCCACGAACGAGUUUCUACCGAGGAUCAAUAACGAAGGGCAGGCGAACGAGAACGCGAGGAAUCGUGAGGCGUUGACCUCGCUCGAGCGAUUCGUGAUGUUCAUGUUCGAAGAGGACGACAUGGUGAGCCCGAAGGAGAGCUCGUGGUUCGGCUCAAGAGUUGUCGCCGGGGCAAACCGAACGAAAAUUAUUCCAUACUACGAAAACGAGAGCAUCUACGCCGCGCUCGGUCUGGAUGCUCUCGAUCGCGAUAAUCGCAUAGAGAUGAGACUUAUCCCAGGGGCACAGCACAUGCAGUUCACCGUCGAUUGGUUCGUCAGCGAGAUCGUUAAAAAGUAUUGGUUAUGA